AUGCUGCACCGUGGAGCCAACCAAGCGAAUCGACCCGACAUCUUUUGCUGCGUGAAGCUGCCGGAGGGACAGCAAGCAAAGACGGACAGCUACCUCUUCAGAUUCUUCAAGAAAAUCUUUGCUCCAUUCAUCCUCAAAGAGUGGCUGCGCCCGAUCAUAGUGGCAGUGUUUGUGGGAAUGCUCUCCUUCAGUAUUGCUGUGGUGAAUAAAGUAGAGCUCGGACUGGACCAGAAGCUCUCCAUGCCUGACGACUCUUAUGUGAUGGACUACUUCAAGAACCUCAGCAUGUAUCUGCACACGGGAGCUCCGGUGUACUUCGUGGUAGAGGACGGCCUGAACUACAGCAGUCAAGAGGGGCAGAACGCCGUGUGUGGGGGGGUCGGCUGCAGAAACGACUCUCUCGUCCAGCAGGUCUACUCCGCCUCGCUCAUCAGCAACUACACAACCAUUGCCUUCACUCCGUCCUCUUGGAUCGAUGAUUACUUCGACUGGGUGAAGCCGCAGUCCACCUGCUGUCGAUUCUACAACUCCAGCGGGGAUUUCUGCAAUGCCUCUGUGGUUAACCCCUCGUGUGUUCACUGCCGGCCCAUGACUCCCGACGGAAAGCAGAGGCCAGAAGGAAAGGACUUCAUGCAGUUUCUGCCCAUGUUUCUGUCAGACAAUCCAAACAUCAAGUGUGGAAAAGGAGGCCAUGCAGCCUACGCCUCAGCAGUGGACCUGUACCCCGACCACACCGGGGUGGGGGCCAAUUACUUCAUGACGUACCACACCAUCCUGAAGGAGUCCCCAGACUACAUAGAAGCUUUAAAAAUGGCCCGAAUACUGGCUGCUAACAUCAGUCAAGCCAUGGACCACAAAGUGUUUGCCUACAGCGUCUUCUACGUGUUUUACGAGCAGUACCUCACCAUUGCGUAUGACACCGCUCUGAACCUGAGCGUGUCGCUGGCGUCCAUCUUUGUGGUGAGCACGGUGUUGCUGGGCUUCGAGCUGUGGUCCGCGGUGAUCGUCUGCAUCACCAUCGCCAUGAUCCUGGUCAACAUGUUCGGGGUCAUGUGGCUGUGGGGCAUCAGCCUCAACGCAAUAUCCCUGGUGAACCUGGUCAUGGAAGAAGUGGCGGGGACACCAAGCCCCCAGGAAGUGCGCCGGACUCUGAGGAAAAGAUUCCUAGUGGCCAAACAGCGGUACUACAAUUUCCGCAUCAGUCCGUGA